UUGCGGUCGCAUCUGGGCUCCAGAUAUACAUAUUUGAGCUUAACUCGAACACGGCUAUCUUAGUCUUGAAUCAAUCUCAUGCCACCAAGAGAUUCGAUCUGUCGCCGCAUCUCAAUGAUAGCGACGAUGUUCUAAAUGAAGUUUGGCUUCCUUUUCACAUCGAGGAGUCCUCUAAAUUGUUCCGCCAACGACACAUUUCAGAUUGCAUGGUCAUCCUCCCACAUCGCGUUCACAACUGAUAGCGGGAACAUUGGGGUCGUCGACGCUGGAACCGGAUCAGUGUCUUUAAUGAAACGCCGCCACCAAAACAUCGCGGGGUCAGUAUUAUUUAUUCCCAACAGGCCGCGUGAAUUUGUGUCCGGUGGAUAUGAUCUAUGCCUGAAUCAUCAUGAUCGAACCACUUGCUCAGCAAUUGCGAGCUUUGAUUUUGGGUCAUUGCCUCCACGCGAAACAAACGAUCCCCACGUUUCCAUGUCACCGCCAUUCAUUCUGAGCAUGGCCAUAUCAUCCAGUGGUGUACUGGCGGUCGGGACAGCCGAUGGUCGCUUGUGGCUCGGGUUUGGCGGAGAAAUACCAAAGGACUCCUCGUCUAUCAAUGCAAAGACAAAACGGCGCCGUCACUGGGAAGGAUUAAAGAGAAAAGGGGCAUCACUGACGCUUUCCAUUGCUUCUGGCCCUGUUGUCGGGGUAGCCUUUGAGUCUACGGAUGUGGUGACUGCUGUGACCUUAGGUGGAGUUCUAUCCAAAUAUAGGUUCUCGAAGGGGACGGAUGGCCGCAGAGAUUCCACAGAGAUAUGGAGGGAUACAACGUCGAGUAUUCUCAAGGUUAAUGCCAUAUCCGAACAUUCCACCUUAGGUACGAACUGGAUGGCAGUCUGUGGUGUUGGAAGUGAUGGCGGGGGUGUCGUCGAGCUGAGGAAGAAGUUGUUGGAACAUCAGCGUUGAUCACUAUCGUAUGGCGCCAUACCAGCGGUCAAGGGUGCAGCGAGAUCGCGGGUAGGAAUUCCUUGUUCCCUCAUUGUUAUCGUUAGUUACGCAUGAGAAGAAUAGCUGAACUGAUGACCCCAAG